CAAAAACAAAUGAGUUGGCAUCGUUUCACUGGCAAGCCUUCGUAGUUUUGUGAUAUUUUAACUACUACACUGAUGAGACUGACAGGUCUGUAGUUUGAUGAAAGUUGGCUUGAUCCUGUUUUAUGUAUUGGGGUGAUAAUUGUAUCCUUCCAGUCUAUUGGCAACUUACCUUGGCCAAGUCACAUUGAAUAUCGUAGUCAAUGGGGCAGCAAUAUAAUGUGCUGAUAAAUUGGCUAAUUUUAAAAUCGUGACUGUAAACAAACAAACAUCGUAAUCAUAAUGUCGACCAAAGGUGAUAAAGCUGUUGAAAGACAAAUGCAAAUGUUUGAAAUCGAAAUGAUGCAACAAGUAUUUACCAGUAUGACAAGUAGCUGUCUAGCUAAAUGUAUUCCAUCUAAUUAUAAUGAUGGUGAUCUAACUAAAGGUGAAGCAGUUUGCUUAGAUAGAUGCGCCUCAAAAUUUAUGCAAGCGUAUAUGCAAACUACUAAGAAGUUGUCUACAAUGGCAUCAUCAGACCCGAAAGUGGUAACUAGUAACUAGACUUUUUCAGGAUAUACUCUGGAAAAAGUUCGCUUUCUAAACUGAAAAUUUAGAUGUAAAGAAACAUAUCCUUGUUUUCUGUAUUAUAUCGCAAUUGUAAAUUAGUUGUAUUUUUAAAAUACAACUAUGUCAAAAUGA